ACGUUAAAAAAUAUAUUGUAUGGCUUUACAAUGUAUAUCAUUAUUAUCUGUUAUACAGGUCAUCGGAGCUCUGAAGGCAGGUCAACUGAAGAGUUAUAUGCUCUGAGCAGACACGAGGGUUUCUUAGACACCGUCAGAGGUCGCAUCUUGGCUGGCAAUUACUUCCUGUUGGAAAAGUUAGUAUCCCAUGAAGUAGAUACAUGUUCCAAGAACUAUGAGCGUUACUUCUUACAUGCACAGCGGGUUCGUCGUCUCAUAGCCCAGGAUUUCCAGGCGGCCUUUGAGGAUGGUGUGGAUGUUAUUGUGACACCAACAACCAUCUCAGAUAGUCCCACCUAUGCUCAAUUCUGUGAGGUAGAUACCAGGACUCAAGCGGAAAGACAAGAUAUCUUCACUCAACCUGUUAACCUUGCAGGUUUGCCUGCAGUGGUGGUACCAGCAAUGCUAUCCAAUAGAGGUCUUCCAAUAGGUAUCCAGCUUAUCGGCAAGUGCUUUCAAGACCAGGACCUACUGACUGUUGCUAAGUGGUUUGAGCAACAGGUCCAGUUCCCACAUCACAUCAUAGAGGACUAUUUCACGGACUGACCAAGCACGGAAGUCUACUCUUGGAUGGAUUUAGAGACGUAGAAGAGGGAUUAUACUGGCAUGAGUUUUCAGGUUCAGGACCUACUAACUGUUGCUAGAUGGCUCAAGCAACAAGUCAAGUGUUCCCACAUCUUUUCAUACAGGACUAUUAAAUGGACUCACAUUGAGAGCAUGCCAAAGUCUACAAGUGUGCUCACCAAAUGAUUGGAAUAUUGAUAGAGAACAGGGAUCCAUUGGACUGAGUUUUCAAGUCCAGGCCCUAGUGAGUGUUCCCCUAUGGUUUCAAACAGCGAGUCCAGUUCCCCCAUCACAUCAUCACAUACUACUUUGCAGAACCAGAAUAACAGUAUUCCCUACCCUGAACUGUCUCAUGAUUCCAGUAUAGAGAUUUUUUUUUUAAGAAAAUGAAUUCCCUCAAGGGCAAUCUUUGUGUUUUUAUCUCUUUUUCCCCAGAGAUCUCUUAUCAGGAAGUAUGCAAAGAAAAAGGUAGACUAACAAUUGUACUAGUUCCUGUUCACACCGUCGUGUGGGCUUGAGACUGCAAUCAGGAGGGUCUGUAAUCAAUCAGUAAUAAUAAAGCCCUACAUCUAAUCAACAGACAUUAUCAAUUAAUGGUUCCUGCACACAGACAAAUGAGAGUACACAUGAGUUAAGCUGAAUGAUAGGUGCAGGUUUUAGGGACUUUACUCACAUGUUUCAAUAGAUCACUAUGGAUGCAUUAUUUGUUGACAUAUCAUAAUCCAUACACUAACUUUUGAUUAAGUAUGAUCAGGCGCGUACCCAGGAUUUUUUCAAGG